AUGACAUGGGUUGGAACUACCAUUGUGUUCGCCAAGAAACUUCCUGAAGGUCUGAGCUUUGGAAUUGACUUUUUCUUUUUUGACUUCUCCAAUGAAGUCAGUUUCCAGGGCAUCAAGCAGGUCACGAAUGGCGUCCAUCUUGUCCAUCUUACCAAUCAACUGAGUAACACGAGGACCGCCAAAUUCGUCAAGUGCCAAGAUCGCGAGGUCAUUUCGAUAGACGUAGUAGAAGGCGAGCUGACGGUUGAAAGUAUCAGCGUUGAAAAUCAGCUUGUUUUUGGUAGAGGACGCACCUUCCAGUUCGAGGCCCUGCUACCGUACAUGGUGAACUACUCCAAUAUCGAAAAUAAUAAAUGGCCUCAAUUCGGGCUUCACCUUGACUACAGUCAGAUUGUGAGUGUCGAGAGUGACUGGACGAGCGAGCUUGUCACAACGUCCGACUCGUCGACGGCGGAAUUGCUCGAAUUGCGAAAAGUCAUUGAGUUCGACAUGAACAGGCAGAACGGCGAGCUCCGGUUGACACAGACAAACCCAAAGGCAGUCUUAAAAGCGGUGAAGCUGGAUCUCUCAAAGUACAGCAGAGACAAGUCUGACUAUUUUACUGCCCUCUUCACGACCGACAGGUUCACCAACGAGCACAAUUUCUGUUUUGUUGGUUUGCUGGUGCUCAACAAUUUCUGUUGUUUGGAGCAGUGGUACAGCCUCACCAUGCUUGCCCUUGAAUGUGUUGAUUUGGUGGCCGAACAAGCUGCUUUCUUUGAGCGUUUCAUUGAGAAUUUACAGAGCCAGCUAGAACAGAUUGCCUCACAUACCGAGGAAUUUGUCAAGGUUUCGCGGCUCAAGACCAGUCUCAAGGUAUUUCUCACCAACAUGGAGGUUUUCCCGUACUCCGUCCAAUUUCGAUAUGCAUCACUACUACGCUUUAUCGAAACUCAAUUUAGUCUUUCGAUCACCUACCAGCUGGAUGAGCAGAGCGAAAGCGAAGACGAGAGUUUCGAGGAAUAA